AGUCGUAUUUCGCAGGACUGUGCAACCUCGUGACGACAAACUGAUAAACGAGUGAACCAGAAGUCUUUCUUCAAGUUGGCACAAUGAACGCGAUGAUAAGAGGUGCAAUUAUCGUAACUGUCUGUGUAUUUUGUGAAUGCACUGAACAGAAAGCAUUCCCUACCACCACCCCUCCUAACCCCCCUACCACUCUUGGCCCUCCCACAACAAUGCCAGAAUGUACAGAAUGGGAAUCGAAAGAAGAGGACUGUCGAGGAUACACGUGUGAAAACGGACGCUGGUUGUCAUAUGGGAUCUUUCAAAGUGAACACUGUUGUAAGAUGCUGUCCGUGCCAAACCCAAUGUGCGAGGGACUCUUCCCAGAUCUUUACACAACGACUGGACCUCCUCCAACCACGGGACCUCCUCCAACCACCGGAACCCUCCAACCACUGGACCUCCUCCAACCACUGGACCUCCACCAACCACUGGACCUCCACCAACCACUGGACCUCCUCCAACCACAAUUCUACCUACCACGUUGGGCCCACCCACAACAACGCCUGAAUGUAUAGAAGGGCAAUCCAAGGCACAAGACUGCUUUUCAUUUUAUUGUUAUAACGGACACUGGCAGCACUUUGAGUUCAUUAGAAGCGAACACUGUUGCAAGACACACCCCAAUCCACACCCUGUGUGUUACAUAAUGUUCCCAGAAUUGGGGCCUGGACCAUCGUGGCUUGGUUAAGCAACACAAUAUUUACAUUGGGAAGAAUUAAACCUGGCUUGUCAGCAACUCUAUACAGAAUAUUAACAGGGAUCGAUUAAUAAAACCGCCAAUUACUGUCAA